AAAACUGUCAAUUAGUCUUAAGUCUAUGACAGUAGUAAUGAUUAAUAAUAACAAUAAUUAAUUACAUAUAAUAAUAAUUGUAAAUUAAUUUAUGCUUACUUUAUGUUAUCUAUCUGAUUAAAGAUUUUUCUACGGUUUCCUUGGUUUACUGGUUUCUUCAUCCGAUCUUGAAGGAAUAAAUAAAAGACUCGAUUGAAAAGGAUUUGAAAAUUGAGGAAAAAGAAAGGAUUCAAAGAAAUAUUACAAUAAUAUAUCUUUAUUUGGUUGUACAUCACCAAUAUGGGUGAUCAGACUAAAAUGCCUUAUUCAUUAGAAGAUAUUAAGAAAUUAUGUAAGCCACCAUCAGAAGAAACUAAGGACUUCAUUAUGCAACAAACUAUGCUUCGUAUUAAGGAUCCUAAAAUGUCAAUUCCUUUUUAUACUGAAGUUCUUGGUAUGAGUUUGCUAUGUAAAUUAGAUUUUCCUGCUAUGUCCUUCUCCUUGUACUUUGUUGGAUAUGAAGAUGGAAAUGGUUCAGAUGCUGAAAUAAAUACUCCAGAAAGAGCAGAGUGGGCUAUGAGUAAGAAAGCUACUAUUGAAUUGACACACAAUUGGGGAACUGAAAAUGAUCCUGAAUUUAAGUAUAAUACUAAAGAUACAGGCUUUGGCCACAUAGGAAUAAUGGUCCCAGAUGUCUCCAAAGCAUGUGAAAGAUUUCAUAAGUUUGGUGUUAAUUUCAUCAAACAACCAGAUGAUGGAAAAAUGAAAGGAAUUGCUUUCAUAACAGAUCCUGAUGGUUAUUGGAUAGAAAUUUUAAAUGAUAAAGGUACUAAAAAAAUUCUCCAACAAAUAUCUUGAAUUACAUAUUGAAUAUUUAGUUGAGUUGUACCUUUGUUAGAUUGUUUAACAGGAACUUUAAAUAUAUAUUUGUUUAUGAAUCCUUUAUUACUUGUAUGGUAAAAGCUUCCCAAUAAAAAUGGGAUGAUGAAAAUAAGUCUAUUUUCAUUGAA